GGGCGCCCCAAACCCCUUUCCUGAGGUCGGCGGCAGCCCCUGAAGACCCCCGUCUCGCGCCGCUCUUUCCUCGCCGCCGCCACCACCCCCGAGGAGGGAUGACCCUCUCCGGCGGCGGCAGCGCCAGCGACAUGUCCGGCCAGACGGUGCUGACGGCCGAGGAUGUGGACAUCGAUGUGGUGGGUGAGGGCGACGACGGACUGGAGGAGAAGGACAGCGACGCAGGCUGCGAUAGCCCCGCGGGGCCGCCCGAGCUGCGCCUGGACGAGGCGGACGAGGUGACGCCGGCGGCACCCCACCAUGGGCAGCCUCAGCCGCCGCACCAGCAGCCCUUGGCACUGCCCAAGGAGGUGGCUGGAGCCGGGGCCGGGCCAGGGGGCGAGGCGGGCGCGUCCGAGGCCGACGGCUGCAAGGGCGGCGUUGGCGGCGAGGAGGGCGGCGGGACCGGCGGCGGGCCUGGCUCGGGCAGUGGUGCGGCGGGCGGCCUGGCCCCAAGCAAGCCCAAGAACAGCCUGGUGAAGCCGCCCUACUCGUACAUCGCGCUCAUCACUAUGGCUAUCCUGCAGAGCCCGCAGAAGAAGCUGACCCUGAGCGGCAUCUGUGAGUUCAUCAGCAACCGCUUCCCCUACUACCGGGAGAAGUUCCCCGCCUGGCAAAACAGCAUCCGCCACAACCUCUCGCUGAACGAUUGCUUCGUCAAGAUUCCCCGCGAACCGGGCAACCCGGGUAAGGGCAACUACUGGACCCUGGACCCGCAGUCUGAGGACAUGUUCGACAACGGCAGCUUCCUGCGGCGCCGGAAACGCUUCAAGCGCCACCAGCAGGAGCACCUGCGCGAGCAGACGGCGCUUAUGAUGCAGAGCUUCGGCGCCUACAGCCUCGCGGCGGCGGCCGGCGCCGCGGGGCCCUACGGCCGCCCCUACGGCCUGCACCCAGCGGCCGCGGCCGGCGCAUACUCGCACCCGGCUGCCGCGGCAGCCGCGGCAGCGGCCGCGGCGCUCCAGUACCCAUACGCGCUGCCGCCCGUAGCACCGGUUCUGCCGCCCGCCGUGCCGCUGCUGCCCUCGGGCGAGCUGGGCCGGAAAGCGGCCGCCUUCGGCUCGCAGCUCGGCCCAGGCCUGCAGCUGCAGCUCAACAGCUUGGGCGCCGCCGCGGCCGCCGCGGGCACGGCGGGCACGGCGGGCACCACGGCGUCUCUCAUUAAGUCCGAGCCGAGUGCGCGGCCGUCGUUCAGCAUUGAGAACAUCAUCGGUGGGGGCCCCGCGGCGCCCGGGGGCUCGGCAGCGGGUGCUGGGGGCGCCGGGGUAACUGGGGGCACCGGGGGUGGCGGGGGCGGCGGCGCGGCACAGUCCUUCCUGCGGCCGCCAGGGACCGUGCAGUCAGCAGCGCUCAUGGCCACACACCAACCGCUCUCGCUGAGCCGGACGACGGCCACCAUCGCGCCCAUCCUGAGUGUGCCGCUCUCUGGACAGUUCCUGCAGCCCGCAGCCUCGGCAGCUGCCGCUGCCGCCGCUGCAGCGCAAGCCAAGUGGCCCGCUCAAUAGGGACGCGCCGGUGGCCUGGAUGCAGGGCCCGGCGGCAGCCUCGAGCGUCCGCUGCAUUUGCAGGCUGCCCGCCCUGCCCGAGUCCUGGGCCCCCUGCCCAAUCCUGGACUCUGCCUCUCCUCCAUUUCCUCCCCCCUCUCCCCGCGACCCCUCGACACAGACCUUCAGCGGCCUCCACCCCGUCCUGCACACCUAGGCUAUCGGAGCAAACUCUCACCGCGCGCCCGCGGGGAAUAGCUUUCCGUACAGGUAAAACCGAAAACAGAAUUUUCCAAAAAUGUACCCCGACGGCGUCUGCUCUCAGUACCUUGAGGAUGGGAGGGAAAUUCUUUGUACAUAUUUGUAUAAAAAUUAUUAACUUUCCUUUUGGGGUUUUUAUUUUUUUAAGAAAAACAAAAUCAGUAGAUUUAGAGCUCUGAACUUUCAUUUUUUUUGAAGGUUCACUCUCCGCAGUUUUAUGUGAGAAAAAAUGUAUAGAGACGUUGGGAGAUUUUAAAUAUAAAAAAAAUUUUCAAAAGGCGAAAAGUGUCAUUCUAUUAUAAAGGUCUGUUUAUAUAUGAAUGAAUAUAUAUGGUAUUCUAAAUGUUAUCCCAUCGUGUUGUACACAACUUUGUAAAUAAAUUUUUAAAAGUCUCA